GGCGCGGGAGCGGCAGCAUGGAUGGCGAAAGCACGUCUGCGGUGCUCUCGGGCUUUGUGCUCGGCGCGCUCGCUUUCCAGCACCUCAACACCGACUCGGACACGGAAGGUUUUCUCCUUGGGGAAGUGAAAGGUGAAGCCAAGAAUAGCAUUACUGAUUCCCAAAUGGAUGAUGUUGAAGUUAUUUAUACAAUUGGGCUCGAUGCAUGCUAGGCAAGCACUGUAUAAAAGCUAUAUCCCUAGUUCUAAUCUUUGCCAAUUUGACAUUCAGAAAUAUAUUCCAUGCUAUCAGCUUUUUAGCUUCUACAAUUCUUCAGGUGAAGUAAAUGAGCACGCACUGAAGAAAAUAUUUUCAAGAGUAAAAAAGAAUGUGGUAGGUUGGUACAAGUUCCGUCGUCAUUCAGAUCAGAUCAUGACAUUUAGAGAGAGACUGCUUCACAAAAACUUACAGAAACAUCUUUCAAGCCAAGAACUUGUUUUUCUGCUGUUAACACCGAGUAUAGUAACAGAAAGCUGCUCUACUCACCGGCUAGAACAUGCCUUAUACAAACCUCAAAAGGGACUUUUUUAUAGGGUACCUUUGGUGGUUGCCAAUCUGGGCAUGUCUGAACAACUGGGUUAUAAAACUGUAUCAGGUUCCUGUAUGUCCACUGGUUUUAACAGAGCAGUAAAAGCACACAGCUCUGACUUUUUCAAAGAAGAUGGAUCUUUAAAGGAAGUACACAAGAUAAAUGAAAUGUAUGCUUCCUUACAAGAAGAACUAAAGAGUGUAUGCAGAAGAGUGGAACAAAGCGAGCAAGAAGUAGAUAAACUAAUAAAGGAUGUAAACAGGUUAAAAGAAGAAAUUAGAAAAAGACAACAAGCACGUAUUCAAACGCCACGAGAGAACGUCCAGAACGACCCACAGGAGAACAUUUUUCUCUGUCAAGCUUUACGGACCUUUUUUCCAGAUUGUGAAUUUCUUCAUUCUUGUGUUAUCUUUUUGAAAAAUAGGCAUAUUUCUAAAAGUAGAUGUAAUAUCAACCACCAUCUUGAUGUGGUGGACAACCUGACCUUAAUGGUACCAUACACUCACACUCCUAAAGCUAAUCCAGCUGUGACACCACGGAUGAUUAAGCGUAAAGCUUCAGACACACAUGAUGGAUGGCAAAUGAAGAAAGCACGGCUGUUAGAGUUAGAAAACAAACUACCUAAGACAAGUACUGAUAGCAGUAACCAAGAAAAGGCAUCCACAUCCAGCAGCCCAGAAACAGAUGAAGAGAUUGGAAAAAUGAAGAGUUCUGGUGAAUACCCACAGUCUCCCACAUUUUGAUCCUUUUAAUCCAAAAUGAAAUUUUUUAUUUGGCUGAAUGAAGGGUAAGACCAAAUGUUUCUGUUUUUACUGUGUUCAUCUACUUGCAAUAAUACAUAGAAAUGUUCAU